AUGGGCGACGGAAUCCGUCUUGGACCGAACAAGCUGAUUCGAGUUGGAGUAAUUGAAAAUUUCAAAGAAGAAUUUGAAUGGAAGAAGUUAAAGUUGAACACGAUCCAGAAGAAAAGAUUUUCAAGAUUUUUAAAGAGUUCAUGGCUAGUGUUCAGCGUUGGACAGCUCGAGGAAUUGGGGACUCUUGGAAGCCAGUUGCUUUCUGGCGUUCAGCAAGGACUUGAGCUUCUUCGACGACCUGCGCUAAACAGAACAUCAAAGUUGAUCGAGAAUGUUGUUGAAACUAACAAUACGGAGAGUCUUAGAUCAUACUUUGAAGCUGGGUGCAUCACUACUCACAACGGUUUGCAAAGUUCAAAGAAGUUGCAUGUGUGCGGGGUCGGACUGGAUGAUCAUCUGAAAAAAGUAAGGAGCUUAACCAAUGAACUCGAGCGCCUACUCGAUGAUGUAAAUAUUGCAUUGGAAAUGGAAAAUCCCCCGUCAGCUUCAACGGUCUCAGAUGAAGAUGAGGGUGUAGAAUUGAAUGCCGAAGAAGCAACCAUUCCUGAUAAGAAACCUGAUGCUAAUGAAUAUGCUUUGUUAAUGGGGAUCAUCAAAGUUAUGAUCAAGAAAGAUCACAUAAUGCAGGAGAAGAUUGUUUCUGGUCUAAGCCUCAAAUCAUCCUCCGGGGAACUCGAAACAUACCGCCUAAUGUGGUCGUUACGACCAUAUAUAGACGACGAAAUUAUGAAACGAGCUUGGAAACUCAUUCCAUGAAUUGUGUUCGUUCAUAUUUUGCAACGAGAAUCGACUGUGGGCCCUACUCGAAAAUCCACAAUCCUAACGUGUAAUUUCAUUCCCUUCAAAA